AUGGAGCUGAUGCGAUUUGAUGAAAGCCUACCGGAGUCUCCCUCGAGAAAGAGAGAGACUCAAGAAUAAAUUGAUGACACCUAUGCUCAAAUUGUUGAGAAAUACAAGAAGUCUAAGCUGAUUCCUUGGAGGAAGUUUGUUGAGACUCCAAGCUUCAUGAAUCUAGUCGGCUAACUUACUAAUGAAGACGUCAUAGACCUUGCCUGUGGAGAAGGUUUUUACACUAGAAAAAUGAGAGAAAUGACUUAAGGAAAAGUCUUUGGACUAGACUACUGUGAGAAUUUCAUCAAGAUGGCUAAGUGGCAACUAAACGACUCUGAUGAUAUAGACUAUAGACAGGCUGACUGUUCCCUUCCAAUCAGUGGUAUACCUUAUCAGUUUGAUUUGGUGACCCCUACUUUUCUGUUGUAAAAUGCUGUGACUGAAGAGAGAUUUGAGUAAAUGAUUAGAAAUAUUUGGAAUUUAUGCAAACCAGGAGGCAGAGUUUGCGGUAUGGGCUCCAGUCCUAAGGUUCCAGCAGACGCCCUACUAAAGGAGCACAAGUAUGGUAGAAGUUUCACCACAGAUCCAGAUACCUAUUUCAAGAGAAAUUCAUCAAAGUAUAUUGUCAGAAUUGAGGACAAAGAUGCAGACUUGGAUAUUUCUCUUGUACUCUAUUGGUACUCAGCUGAGCACUAUGAGAAUAUAUUCAAGAAACUUGGAUUUAUAAACUUCAGAUGGGUUGAAAUGGAGCUAUUCGAAGACACAGAAAACCAAGAAUACUGGAAAGACUUUAUGGAUGGAUGCUCCCUUAUAAUGUAUGAAGCAUUUAAACCAAUGAAUGCAAACUGA